AUGGAGGAGAUUCCAGUGAAAGUAGCAGUGAGGAUUCGGCCUCUGCUGUCAAAAGAGAUUCUUCACAACCACCAAGUGUGUGUCAGGGUUGUUCCUAAUACACAGCAGAUCCUAAUUGGGAAAGACCGUGUCUUCACAUUUGAUUAUGUCUUUGGAAAAGCUGCAUCUCAGGAUGAUGUUUACAGCAACUGCAUCAAACCCCUUUUAGUGUCCUUGAUUGAAGGAUACAACGCAACAGUGUUUGCAUAUGGACAGACUGGCUCUGGCAAGACUUACACAAUCGGAGGUGGCCAUGUUGGUAUGUUAUGUGCUUCUGUUGCUGACGAAGAAAAGGGUAUAAUUCCACGUGCCAUUCAAGAGCUCUUCCAGAUAAUCUCUGAAAACCAUAACACUGACUUUAACGUUACAGUGUCUUAUAUAGAAGUUUACAAAGAAGAUCUGAGGGACCUUCUGGAACUUGAAACCAAUGUAAAAGAUAUUCACAUUCGAGAAGAUGAGAAGGGAAACACAGUUCUUGUUGGUGCCAAGGAAAACCAAGUAGAAAGUGCAGAUGAAGUUAUGAGUCUUCUAGAAGCUGGAAGUGCAGCACGGCACACUAGUACCACACAAAUGAAUGAACACUCCAGUCGUUCUCAUGCAAUCUUUACAAUUACCAUAUGUCAGCAAAGGGACAAAAACAGCAGUGCUGCUGAAAGUACUACUGCAAGAUCCAUUCAGAUGAUCACAUCAAAAUUUCAUUUUGUGGACUUGGCAGGCUCAGAAAGAGUGACAAAAACUGGAAACACCGGAGAGAGAUUUAAAGAGUCAAUCCAGAUAAACAGUGGUUUGCUUGCCCUGGGUAAUGUAAUAAGUGCAUUGGCUGAUCCCAAGAGAAAAAAUGCACAUGUACCUUACAGAGAUGCUAAGAUUACUCGCAUUCUUAAAGACUCCUUAGGCGGAAAUGCCAAAACGGUCAUGAUUACAUGCAUUAGUCCUUCUACAUCAGACUUUGAUGAGUCUUUAAAUUCUCUUAAGUAUGCCAAUCGAGCUAGAAAUAUAAAAAACAAACCAAUAGUAAAUUAUAACCCAGACUGGGACCGAAUGGAUGAAAUGGAACUGGAAAUAAAGGCACUUAGGGAAGCUUUGCAGAACCAGCAGAGCAGCAGGGUAAGUCGAAUAAGCCAAGUAUCUCAAGACUGGGGCCAAGAAAAGAGCAAGAUUCGAGCUCUAGAAGAGCAACUUGCACAAUUUCAACUGGAGUGUUACAACCACAGACACUGUACAGAGGAAGCGUUCUCUUUAUUCCAUGAACUUAAGGUCAUGUCUGGUCUUGCGAAAUCCCAAAAGAAUCGACUGGAGAGCUGGUUAUGUAUGGCAGAGGAGAUAAGAAGCGAGACAGCUUCUAUUCCUGGAACUGAUGAUGCAAUUAGCAGUGGCAGAGAGGAACCACAUCAUAUCACCAUACUGCAGCUCAAAAGGGAGCUAAAGAAAUGCCAGGUAUAA